UGAGAAGCUGGAGUUUCUCGAGCUAGAGCCGUUUCCUGGGCUGUAAGACCAUCGCUGUUUGACCCUCAUGGAACAUUCCUGCCCUUUAAACCCCACCGAGGGAUUGUCUAAAUGGGGCUUGUACCAGCCGCCUCCCCGUGAGCGCACUUGACAGUGGUACAGUCCGGAUUCCGGAAGUGCCUGUCCAGGAAGGACCAAUAGGAAACUAGCCCGAGAGGAAUUCAAACUCUGGCGGCCGUUGCAGACGCCGGAGGUGGCCGGUGGACGCGGUUGGGGUUGGGGCGCCGAGGGGGCAGCGGUUGGUCCCAGCAGCUCUCCGCGGCGUGACGCACAGCGGGGCGAUGGCGGAGGAGGGAGCCGUGACGGUCUGCGUGCGGAUGCGGCCGCUCAUCGCCAGAGAAAAUGAAGCAUCUGGGGAUAAAGUACAGCUUCAUUGGAAAAGUGAAAAUUGUACAAUUUUACAAGUGGAUGGUACAAGAGCUUUUAAUUAUGAUUGCGUCUUUCAUUCGAAUGACAGCACCCAACAAGUAUAUGAAGGUGUAGCUGUUCCAAUUAUAAAGUCUGCUGUCCAAGGAUAUAAUGGCACUAUUUUUGCCUAUGGGCAGACUGCCUCAGGAAAAACAUAUACAAUGAUGGGGAGUGACAAGUCUUUGGGCAUUAUACCUAAAGCAGUUCAGGAUGUCUUCAAAAUUAUUUGUGAAAUUCCAGGUAGGGAGUUUCUGUUGAGAGUUUCCUAUAUGGAAAUAUACAAUGAAACCAUAACAGACUUACUCUGUGACAGCAGGAAAAACAAACCUCUAGGAAUUCGAGAGGAUGUUAAUAGAAACAUCUACGUGGAAGAUCUGAUCGAAGAGGUGGUUGUUACUCCAGAGCAAGUCAUGGAAUGGCUCAGGAAAGGAGAAAAAAAACGACACUAUGGAGAAACAAAAAUGAAUGAACACAGUAGUCGUUCUCACACCAUUUUCAGAAUGAUUAUAGAAAGUAGGGAAAAUGACCCUGCCAACACGAACUGUGAUGGAGCUGUAAUGGUAUCUCAUCUGAACUUGGUAGAUCUGGCAGGCAGUGAAAGAGCUAGCCAAACAGGAUCAGAAGGUGUUCGACUCAAAGAAGGAUGUAACAUAAACCGGAGUCUGUUCAUCUUGGGUCAAGUAAUCAAGAAACUCUGUGAUGACCCAUCUGGUUUCAUAAAUUAUAGAGACAGCAAGUUGACACGAAUUCUCCAGAACUCCUUGGGAGGAAAUGCUAAGACAGUUAUCAUUUGCACAAUUACGCCAGUUUCAUUUGAUGAAACUCUUAGCACCCUUCAGUUUGCCAAUACAGCCAAAAGAAUGAGGAAUACUCCAAAAGUCAACGAAGUCCUGGAUGAUGAUGCCCUCCUGAAACGAUAUCGCAAGGAAAUAGUGGACUUGAAAAGGCAGCUGGAAGAAGUUUCUUCAAAGACUCAUCUCCAUGCGAUGGAGAAAGACCAACUAGCCCAGCUGUUAGAAGAAAAAAACUCUCUUCAGAAAAUACAAGAAAAUAGGAUAGUCAAUCUAACUGAAAUGCUUGUCACCUCCUCCUCAUUUACAUCCCAGAAAAAUCUUAAAGCCAAAAGAAAAAGAAGAGUUACUUGGGCCCCUGGGAAAAUAAAUCAAGGGGACGUCAGCUAUUUUGAAAAUUUUGAAAAGCUAAAGCCAACUGAUGCCAAAAAAAUGAAAACAUUGGCAGAGAAGAUUCCAGAGAUGGAGGAUUCUAUGUUUUCAGAGUAUUCUGAAUAUGAUUAUCUGUGUCUGCCUACCCCUGAUGCAGUCUCAGAAAGCGAAUGGAAUUCUGGAGCUAAUAUGAACUGGAGUCAAAAAGACUUUGCAGAUUCUGUCCAGCUCUGUGAAACACUAGCGCUAGAAAAGGAUAUUGCUAGAAAUGAGGUGAAUGUCCUGCAAGCUAACUUUGACAACCUAGUAUUAGAAAAUGAACAGCUGAAGUUGGAGAUAAGUGACUUGAAGGAGAAACUAAAGGAAAAGAUAGAAAUAGAUGAAUUUGAGGAACUGGAAAAACAAACCCAAAAAGACCAUGAGGUACAACUAACACAUGAAAUUGCCAACUUACAGAAUAUAGUUAAAAAUGCUGAAGUGUACAAUGAAGAUCUGGAGACUGAAUUAAAAUCAAAAUUGGAACAGCUUAAAGAAAAAGAAAAUCAAGUAAAGGAUUUGCAGAAAUAUGUGGAAGAACUACAGAAGGCAGGCAUGGGGAAGAAAGAUGUGUCUUUUUCAAUGGGAGACUCUGAUAAACUACUUGAUGAAAUUCAACAAAUGAGUAAGUCUCUCAUUGAUACUGAAACUGUAGCCCUGGAUGCCAAGAAAGAAUCUGCAUUUCUCAGGAGUGAAAAUCUAGAGCUAAAAGAGAAAAUGAAUGAGCUCUUAAAUGGUUACAAGCAAAUGGAAAAGGAUGUUCAAUUGUAUCAAAGUCAAUUAGAAGCAGGAAAAGUGAGCUACAAAAAAAUGCAAGUUGACUUACAAAGAGAGCUACAAUCUGCCUUUCAGGAAAACACAAAGCUAACCUUGCUCUUGGAGGGUAAAGUUCCAAAAGAUUUGUUGUCUCUCGUGGAACUGGAAAGAAAGAUAGCCGAAUUAAAAAAUGAAUUGGAUAAAGUGUUAGAAGAAAACACAGUUUUACGAAAGGAAGUAGAUACAUCAUCAGAAUUCAAAUCUCUACCUGAUAAAGUUGAGAUGCUACAGAAACAGAUAUUUGAGAAAUCAGAGGAGCUGUGUUUAUUAACAUCAGAAAGAGAGAAACUGCUCUCUGAAGUGGCUGAUAAGGAGGCUAGACUUCAAGGCAUGACUGAAGAAAUCAGAAUAUCAAAAGAAGACCUAGCCAGUACCCAACUGAAGUAUGUAAAGGCUGAUCAGGAGUACCUAGAGCUCAAAGGCCACCAUGAAGAACUUGAGCAAAAAUGGUUGGCUGCAUCUGAAGAAAGUGAGCAAAUGAAACACCAAGUAGAACAUCUAUCUGACGAAGCCCAAACGCUUAAAACAAUUGUGGACAAUGUGAGACUAGAGCUCUCCAGCAAGAUCCAAGAAUUGCAAGAAAAGACUGCUGAGCAAGAACAACUUCUUGGUGUGAAAGAAGAGCUCAGUCAAGCUCAGCAGAGGUUGAGUGAAAUGGAGCAACUAAAAGAGAAAUCAAAAACUAAUGAAUCUAGAAUGGAGGCCGAGAGGCUGGAGAAACUGACAAUUGCUGAGAAACUCCAUGAAAGUCAAGAAGAGAUCAGAAUUCUAAUCCAGGAAAGAGAUGACCUAAAGCAAAAACAAGAAACCCUUCAAAAUGAGACAGACCAACUCAAGGAGGAUAUACAGGAGACAAUUGCAAUGAACAUCCUGGCACAGGAAGAACUGAGAAAUGCGCAAAGCUCUAUCAAGCAGUAUCAGAAGACUGUUGAGGAGUUGGAGAAAGAUAUUUCAGAGAAAAGAUCUGAGAUUCUAAAUGUUCAAGAUACUGUAGGAGAAACUGUUGGUGAGCUAGAGCUCAAGAUAUUGCAGCUGACUGAGGAGCUAAAACAAGUCACUUUACAAAGAGACCAACUCCUUGAAGAAAAAGUUAAUAUUAAACACCAGGAAGAAAGUGAUCAACUUCCUUUGCUACAAGAACAAAUCUUGUCUCUUACCCAAGAAAAGACUGUGUUGCUGCAAAAGUUGGAGAGUCUGCAAGUGGAAAAGAAACAGUGGGAAUGCACUUCACCGAAUGCAGAGAUGCAGGAAGAACUGAAAAAUGCUUAUAGCUCUCUCAAACAGCAUCAGGAAACUAUCGAGGAGUUAAAAGGAAAUAUUUCAGAGAAGGAAACUCAGCUCUCCAAAGUUCAAGAGACACUAGGGAAAACAAUUAAUGAUCUUAAGCAGAAGGUCAUUCAGCUAUCUGAAAACCUGACUCUUGUUUCCUGUGAACAUGACAAACUACUAGCAGAAAAAGAACGUAUUGAACAAACAAUGAAUGAACGUAUAUGUCCACAGCUGCAGGAGAUCUCUUCAGUUUCUCAAGAGAGAGAUGAGUUUCAGCAAAUUCUAGCAUGUGUUAGAACAGAAAGAGACCAGUUAAAGAUGGACAUAGAGGAAAACAAAGAGAGGUCGGUGAAAAUUCAGGAAGAAAUGGAAAAUCUACAGAAGGAGCUGAAAUGUCAGAAGGAGAAGGUUGAUGCCCAGAAGAAUGUGAUGAUAGAGAGAGAAAAGGAGUUGUUGAAGACAGAAGAAAAACUAACAGAAGAAACAACACAACUUAAAGAGAAGAUAGAAAAGUUGAAUGAAGAAUUAAGCCUAGUCUCUGGUGAAAGGAAUCAAUUGCUGAGUGAACUGAGAGAAAAGACAGAGGACGAGAAUGAACGUAUACAGCAACUGGAGGAACAGAGUUCCUCAUUAACAGAGGAAAGAGACAAACUCCAGCACAUGCUGGAGACUGUUAGAGCAGAGAAGAACAAACUCGAGGUAGACCUUCACGAAAGCAUUGAGAAGUCUGUAAAAAUUCAAGCAGAAAUAGAAAAUCUACAUGAGGAGCUGAAAAAGCAGGUGGAUACCCAGAAGAACUUGAUGGUAGAGAGAGAAAAGGAGUUGUUGAAGACUGAAGAAAAACUAACAGAAGAAACAACACAACUAAAAGAGAAGAUAAAAAUGUUGAAUGAAGAAUUAAACCUAGUCUCUGGUGAAAGGAAUCAAUUGCUGAGUGAACUGAGAGAAAAGACAGAGGGCGAGAAUGAACGUAAUCAGCAACUGAAGGAACAGAGUUCCUCAUUAACAGCAGAAAGAGACAAACUCCAGCACAUGCUGGAGACUGUUAGAGCAGAGAAGAACAAACUCGAGGUGGACCUUCACGAAAGCAUUGAGAAGUCUGUAAAAAUUCAAGCAGAAAUAGAAAAUCUACAUGAGGAGCUGAAAAAGCAGGUGGAUACCCAGAAGAAUUUGAUGGUAGAGAGAGAAAAGGAGUUGUUGAAGACUGAAGAAAAACUAACAGAAGAAACAACACAACUAAAAGAGAAGAUAAAAAUGUUGAAUGAAGAAUUAAACCGAGUCUCUGGUGAAAGGAAUCAAUUGCUGAGUGAACUGAGAGAAAAGACAGAGAGUGAGAAUGAACGUGUUCAGCAACUGGAGGAACAGAGUUCCUCAUUAACAGCGGAAAGAGACAAACUCCAGCACAUGCUGGAGACUGUUAGAGCCGAGAAGAACAAACUCGAGGUGGACCUUCAAGGAAGCAUUGAGAAGGUCAACCAGUUAACUGAGGCAUUAAACAGUGUUUCGCAUGAAAGACACCAGUUAGUGGCUGAAAGAACUAAUCACUAUCUCCAACUUCAAGAACAGAUUUCAUCAAUAAAUCAAGAGAAAGAUGAGCUCCAACAAAUACUUGAGGGUGUAAAGUCUGAGAGAGACCUGCUCAAGACUGAACUGCAAAAAAAUAUUGACAUGUGCACUGAAACAAAUGCAAAACUUAAAUGUGCUCUAGAUGAAUUGAAACAGAAGAAUCUGAAUGAUGUUGCAGUUCAAGCAAACCAACCAGAUGACACAGAACUGAGACAUGCUGAUAGCAUAAAAGCAAAAGCCUUGGAAGUAAAGGGGCUUCUGGAGAAAUUCCUAAUGAUGGAAAAGAAAUAUGAGUGUCUCACUACAGUGUCUCUAAAUCUGAAAAGUGAACUCAGCAGUCAGAAAGCAGUAAUAGCUGGGAUGCUGACUCACCUUUCACCUGAACAGGCUAAACAAGUCAAAAGGCUUCAAACUGAAAAUGAGAAAAUAAGCAAUCAUCUCCAGAGCUUGUUGAACAAACUUAAGUUUCUGUUCAGCCGUGUUUGCCGGAAGAAGGCAGAAUACUAUACUACCAUUAACAACCAUGAAAUGGAUUUGCUUGAUGAGAAGAGAAAACAGGAUGAGCUACUCUCUCAGAUUCGGUGUCUCAAGAAAACUUGUUUGAAACAGGAUGAAACAGCCUCCCAAGAGUUAAACAUCCAUGAAUUGCAGCAGAGGUUGGACCUCCACAUCGAGCACAUUCUCAGAGACCUGUCAGAAAUAGAAACUGAGCUUCUCAGCAUAGAGGCUGAGUUGCAACAGGAAGAGAGUGCUAGAAAAGAAGCAAUGCAGUUUUUGGAAACAUGUUCAGGAAAUCAUUGUGACGUAGAAAAAUUUAAAGACGGAAUAAAGCAAGACAAUGAGAGGCUUUUACAAGUGAUUAAAUUCUGGACACCUAAAGUAAAGACACUCCUUCAAACUUCAUCAGAGAUGGAUACCAGAACUGCCAACUAUUGCAAGGACUCAGAAAUUGAACUGAAACAAAGAAAAGGGAAAACUGAGAAGUUACUUGAGCAACUGAAGACAAUUAAGGAACAGCUGGCACCUUGUGGUGUUGCUAAUCUUGCACUAGAAGAAGAAAACUAUAGACUUUGUAACCAAUUAAAAGCCUCAGAACAAGAUAUAAAGAUUAUGAAAACAACAAUCCAAAAGCUGGAAAAUGCAGUAAAUGAAGCAGGAAAAAAUGUCAAGGAGAAGGAAGAGAGAAUAGCCAUGUUACAAACAGAGAUUAAAAUGAAAGCUGCUGCAAGUGAACAUAACCAACUUCAGGCUAAAUUAAAUGAGACAGAGAAGUGUCUGAGAAAUGCGUUAACAGAGAAACAGACUUUCAAGGCAAAAUUAGAUAAAGGUGCCACGUUAUAUAAAGAAGAAAUUGAUCAUCUCAAAACUCAGUUGGUGAAAGCUGACAUGGAAAGAAUGAAACAAUCCACAAUUUUUGAACAGAAAAUUGCUACUACAAAAGCUCUUGCAGAACACAAGGAGGAACAGUUAAGAAAAUUAAAAGAAGAACUGAGAAGAGCACAGCAAGAACAAGAUGUUACUGUAAUAUCAGGAAAAGAUGUUCCUCAGGAAUCACAUACACCCCUGACUUGUGGUGGCGGCAGUGGGAUUGUGCAGAGCACACACAUGCUCAUUUUAAAAUCUGAACAAGCUAAAUUACAGAAAGAAAACCUGCAGUUGAAGAAAAACAAUGACCUUCUAGUAAGCAAUGAACUUCAGUUGAAAGAAGAACUAACCAAAUGGAAAGAGAGAGCACUAAAAAUGAGAGCAGAAUCCUGUAGAGACACCACUCGGGAGAAGAUACAGAGGUCUCCAAGGAAGACCACACCUCGUUCAGUUAAAGAGCAAAUGCCUUCUCCCUCCAAGGAAGUUUCUUCACGAGAAAUUCUGCCUCUGGAUUCACCAAACACCCUACCUCUGACUUGUCCAAAUUUCUUUGAUAAUUCAAGCUUAGGCACACUUACGGACAUGCGACCUGCAGGAACAGAGUGUAUAGAAGAUCGCUUUAAGCACUGGUUUGGAGCAUCAGAAAAAGAUAAAGCACCUGACUGCACAACCCAGUAAAGGUGCCCGUUAUUGUUCACUGUCCUUGCUAGUGGAUAAAGUCAGAGAUUGCAUAUAGAGAAGACCUGUGCUACAGAAGUAGCUGGUAUGUUUUAAUUCUAGCCAGUGGGAAGAAGCUUUCUUGGAGCAGGAACUAAGCAAGUAACUGGAAAAGCUGGAAUACAAAAAUGUGACAGUAGUGUUGCCUGCAUCCAGCUGAUGGUGUCAUUGUAGCAGUUCUGCAUUGCUCCUCUUGUGAUGGCAAAGAUAACAAAGCCAGCCAGCUGAAGAGAAAAUGAAAACUGGAAUGGAUCACAAAUCAGAGAAUCUCUACUGUGAAACUUAUCAAUGUUAAACUUUCCCCUCUCACUCCUAAGACAACCCUCCCAAGGGCAAUCGAUUUAAUCUUGGAAGUCCAUAAGGAAAGUGGAGAGAACUUUUUCUGCUACUCUUUUUCUAGUGUUCAGUGUUAUUUCAAGUUUUAUAUGUUGACUUUUCUAAGAUGGGGAAUAAUAUUCUCAUUCAACUUCUUUUAACCAGUUUAUAUAUAAUAAUCUAUUUAUGAGCUCACAAUCAAGGCUGUGUUUUAAAAAAGUCUCUACUUCAUAUCUGCAGUGCACAGUUGAUUCUGGUCUGAGUAAUUUUAACUUUUGUCAAUAAAGAUUGUUAUAUGCAUAUAGGCAGUCAAACUAGAA